GCGUUUUGACAGCUGUCAGUUUAUAGCAACACUAUCCACCACUCCCAAAAAGAAAAUACCAACAGUGCAUUAAUCAAAACAAUUUUUUAGUUUGCAAGCUAAAGCAUGCAAAAAUCUUCGCAUAUCGUACGCCAGGACUCACAAGAACAGUUACCAACCACCACCACACACUACAAAGUAGUUGUUCCAUCAAUGAAGCGUCGCACAUUGGCAGGCACCUGUGGCGUUGGUGUGUUUGUGAUUGCAUUCGUUGCGAUUGUUGUCUCAUUCGCCACACCCAAUUGGCUGGCAAGUGAUGACCGGAUAACGGGUGCUAAACUGAAUCGCCUAGGAUUAUGGGUACAUUGUUUCCGUUCAUUGCCGGAUGUGAAUGAUGACAGCCAACGCCGUUUCUUCGUCGGAUGUCGCUGGGUGUAUGAUCCCUUCACAACGGGCUAUGAUGAGAUUCGUGGAUUUUUACUGCCUGCAUUCAUGAUUGCGACACAGUUUUUCUACACACUUGCAUUCAUUGGAGCGCUCGUAUCAUGCGUGGGCGUUUUGGUAUUCUUCCUCUGCGCUGGACCGGACCAAAAACACUUUGUAACUCUCAUAAAGUUAAUAGGGUAUGUAAUGUUGGGCACAGGUGUAAGUGCAGCUAUUGCUGUUAUUGUUUUCGCUUGUUUUGGCAACCGUAAUGGCUGGAUGCCGGAGCAUGCUAACAAUUGGUUCGGUUGGUCAUUUGUGCUAGCUUGCGUUGGUACAGUAUUUUCUUUGGUGACGGGAAUACUCUUCCUUACCGAACAAAAUGUACAGGCGAAAAAACGCAAGCAAUUCAAGGAAUCUCAAACACGUUUUGAGUUAGUGCAAGGUAAGGCCUAGUGGUGGAGCCAUCUUUCGACAGAGGAGCUUGGACUGCUAGAGCAUAUGAGCAGUCGUGAAAGAAAACGUUUGCUUAGAAAAAAGCAACGAAGUACUACAAGUUUUACGUGUCGAAAAACAUAAAUUUAAGAACUUGAAAGACACUACUUUAAAUCUCUUAUUUAAAAUUCUUUAUCAUUUAAUUUCGAAAUCUAAGCAUGUAUUAAUGCAUAUAUCUACAUUCCGUCCAUUUAAAGGAACAAAAUCCGACCAGUUAUAAGCUAAAAGUCGUAUGCAUAAUAACUUCAACUUUUUUGAAGUGCUCGAAGCAUUGAAACACGAAAUAAUAGUCGUAAGUUUAUGCAAUUCGCACAAGGUUAAAUCGUAUAGUUAUAAACAAAGGGUUCCCAUAAUUCAGCACAAAUGGCCAAAAACGCAGUUGGUACUUAUGACAUGCAUUUACAUACAUAUUAACUUGCAGUAUAUUUAUUGUCAAUUAAGACUGUCUUUAAGAAGAAAAAAAAACUUCUGCAUUUGUGUCCAACAACGAAUUUCAACUAGAAUCUCAAGCUUGAAUAUGUACUUUUAAAUAUAAAACAAAAUCGUGCGAGCCAUUUGUACUGAUUAUGUGUAUUUUUGCACAACCAAAUUUCUAAAUUCACCUUAGAACCAAAGUAAUAUGUAAACAAAUAUAGAGGAAUCAUCAAUUAUUGCUAGAAUUUCAAAUUGCUUAUAGUACAUUACACAGCUCUCUACUAACGUCCUCACGAAUAAUAAAUAAAUAAAAAAUAUGUGCCUUAAGUAAAAUUUGUUAAAUGUAUAUGUAACUAAGAACGAAUCAAUUAAGAAGAACUCGCGAAUUAAAUGCGUUUUCUGCUACAAAAAUUGCAUAAACUUCAUACAUUAUUUUUUUUUUGUAUUCACACCACAUAUUCGUAAGCAUAUUAGUACAUAUAGAUAUAUAGUAAGUAGUACAUAAAUAAAGACGUUUAAAUGUGCACAAAUCAUGAUAGAAAUGUUACAACACAAAAAUUGUUAAAGCAUUGCAGGCGCACAAUGUAAAAAACUACGACAUAUUGAACGAAUAGUGCCUUGAAAAAACAAUUGUACAAAUAUACAAGAUAAUAUUAUAUAAAUAUUCCAAAUUUUUCAGCAAACAUACCAUGGCGUAAAUCGUUUUGUACCUUUUUAAAUCAUAAUUACAGUGUAAAUGUAUUUAAAUAAUUAAUUAACUUUAAAGUACUUUCGUCCAUUUAUUAUAGAAAAGUGCAGUUAAAUGUUUAUAUUUACUGGACAUUAUAAAAAAUAUAUACGUAUAAAUAUAUAUCCUUAAUAUAUAUUUACAUGUCAUGAAUCAUGUUCAUAUCUUAUAAGCUGCCGAUGUCACUCAACGAAUACGAUAUAUUUACAAAGUUUUUUGUCUAUUUAGAUUUUUAAAAUUCGCUUCUACUUGAUUACUAAUAAAAACAAAAGAAAA